AUGGAGCUGCUGAAGGGAUUGCCAUGGCGUCGUGCUUUCCUGGCUGUCAUCCUGAACCUGCUGGCUCUCAGCCUCUCCACCACUGCCUUGCUCGGCAGCUACUGGUGCACUGGAACCCAGAAAGUGCCCAAGCCUUUGUGUGGGAAGAGCAAAGCCACCAAGUGCAUUGGUGUCCCCGUGCCACCUGAUGCAGGUGCUAGCAACGUUUCAUCCCAGGAUGUGGUGCACUACAGCUGGGAAACUGGUGAUGACCGCUUUGCCUUCAGAUACUUCCACACGGGGAUGUGGCUUUCCUGUGAAGAGAGCAUGGAAGGGCCAGAAGAGAAAUGCCGUAGUUUUAUUGAGCUUUCACCACCAGCAGAGAGAGGAAUCCUGUGGCUGUCGCUGGGAUCAGAGAUGCUGUACAUCAGCUUGCUGCUCAUCAGCUUCAUCCUCCUGAUGGUGGAAAUGCUGCAUACUGGCAAUCCUGUCUGUGGGUUGAAGCUCAACGCCUUUGCUGCUGUCUCCUCGGUGCUGUCAGGUCUCCUUGGGAUGGUGGCACACAUGAUGUACACUCAAGUCUUCCAGGCAACGGUUAAUCUGGGACCAGAGGACUGGAGACCACACUCAUGGGACUAUGGCUGGGCAUUCUACAUGGCUUGGGUCUCCUUCACCUGCUGCAUGGCCUCUGCUGUCACCACUCUUAACACCUAUACCAAGACGGUGCUGGAGUUCAAAAGGACCCACAUCAAGGGCUACGAUGGGAGCUUCAAGGAUCAACCUCAGCACCACCAGUGCUACAUACAGCAGCAAAUAAGCAGCUACUAUGAGCCCCAAGACAAGCCCCUCCGCUCAGUCUCUGAGGGAAUUGACUUCUACUCUGAGCUGCAGCAGAAAGUGCUACGGCGAGAACCAGAGCUGGACCUGGAUGAGGUCUUGGGACAGACGAUCGGGGAGGAUCGCUGUUAA